UGGCUACGCCUUUGCUUCACAUCACAGCUAUGUCGAAAUUUUGAUUUUUCAUUCUUUUCGUUUUUCGAAUCUAGACAAUUUUUUGUUGUUUUUCGACAAUUUUAUUUUUUUUCUUCAAAUUUUGAACAUUUUUUUCAUAUUUUUCGACUCACAAUCAGUCAGCCUAUUUCACGUUAAAGCGUUAAAAUAAUUUUUUAUAACCCCUAUAUCCCUUGUAUUUUUCAUGUUUGCCUAUUUUUAUUGCCCAUUUUGAAUGGGCUUUGAAUGGCUUUUAGAUUCAUUACCUCCAUUAAUAACAACAUUAGAACAAUAUAAAGAAUAUGAUCGUCAUAUAUUAAAAUAUCCUAACCAAAUUGGUAUGCCUGAUAAUCCUGGUUAUGCUGAAUUUUCGAAUAAAAAUGUUAAAGUUGGAGAAUAUAAGCUUGAUUUUAUGAUUGAUUUUUAUGAUGAAUUGGAAACUAAUAGAGGCGAUUUUAUUGAAGAAGAAUUCUUUUUUGCUCCAACAAUGGAUGAAAUUUGCCAAUUUGUUGAUUUGGAUAUGCUUGAAAGUUUUGAUGAUGAUAGCCUUUCUACUAUACCUUCUGAUUCUUUUGAAAUUAAAUUUGGAACUGAUUUUGCUGAUAAAAUUAGAGAAAUGAGUUUUAUUGACUGGACAAAUCUUUCUAUUGAAAAUAUUGCUGAUAAAGGGAAACUUGUACGUUCUGCUUUGUUACCUGGAGGAAGUGGACCAGAAGUUGAAGUUCCUAUAGAUCCACAUUGGUCUAGAUUUGAGAAAGAGGAAGUUAACCCACUAGAACGUGAAGUUGAAGUAAUUAUUGAUUAUGAUCCAACAAUAACUUUGCGUGAAGAUAUGCUUAAAAAAUUACAAAAAUUAUUGGGAAUAGGAGAAAUAUCAGCAGUUGAAUUAGAAACACCUCCACAAACCCCAGCAUCACCACCACCACAACAAACACAAUUAACAACAAAUUCUAAUAAUUUAUUAAGUGGAAAUGUUGAAAAUACUAGAAAUUUGAAUGAAAAAAAUGUUUCUUUAAUUAUUUGUAAAAAAUGUGAAAAUGUGUUGACACCAGAAAAGAGACCAAUUGAAGAAUUUGCUGUAAAUUUGGGAUUGUCUAAUGAAAAGUCUGCAAUAAUUACUUUUUGUUCAAUGCCAUGUUACUUUACCUUUCUUGCUGAUAAACGAAUUCCUUCAACUGUUGAAUUAUUAGGGAUGGCUGAACGUUGUGUAAAUGAGGAAACCUUGGAAAUUUUACGUCAAGCAAGUGUUGAUAAUUUUGCGAAGAAAAUAAAUAAUGGAGGUGGAGAUCAACAGGGAGGUGGAGGAGGUACUGAAGAAAAUUGUGGAGAAUUAUUGGACUUAAAUUUGCCGAGAGAAUUACGUUUAAAAUGUUCAGAAUUGACAACUUUAAUUCAAGCAGAAAAAGAUAAAAAAGAAAAGAAUUUGGCGAAUAAAAAAAAUUUUAAAUGGAGAGGACAUGGAUGGACUAGAUGUGAUGUUGAAUUAAUUAAUUCUUUUAAUAAACAACAAGAGGAAAUUAAAAAGAAAAUAGAUUCAAUCUACCUUAGAACAGCAAAUAAAAAAUAUGAAAUUCUUCGAAAUGAAGAUACUAGAUUUUGUGCUUUUUGUGGAGAAUUAGGUGAUGGUGAUCAAGAAUUGACUGGACGUUUAUUAAAUUUGGAUGCUAAUGAAUGGGUACAUGUAAAUUGUGCUUUGUGGUCAGCUGAAGUACAUGUUACUGAAGAGGGUGCAUUAAUUAACGUGGAUGUUGCUUUACGUAAAGCACAAAAAGUUGAUUGUAAAAUUUGUAAUAAAAAAGGAGCAUCAAUACGUUGUUAUAAAUUGGAUUGUAUAAAUAAAGAUUUUGCUUUUCAUUUGCGUUGUGCUAAAAAAUGUAAUGGACAUUUUUUAAAAGACAAGACUUUCUUUUGUCCAAAUCAUGAAAUUCGACAAGAUUUUUUAAUUGCUCAUUUUGAUGCUUUAAAAAGAAUUUUUAUCCAACGAGAAGAAAAUUCAUUACUUUCAAAAAUAUUUAAUCAUUCAUAUUCUACAGAAAUGUUGAUGCGUGUUGGUUCACUUAUUUUUCACAAAAUUGGCCAAUUAUUACCUGAACAACUCAAAGCUUUUACUACUUCAGAUUAUAUAUUUCCGAUUGGCUAUAAAGUAACACGUAUAUUUUGGUCAAUUUCUGAAAUUUAUGAAAAUGAUAAAAUGUUUUAUGAAUGUUUAAUAACUGAAAAUGAAGGAAAACCUAAUUUUAUUGUAAAAAUAUUAUCGAAGAAUAAAGAAGAAGAGAAGAAAUUUUCUGGAGAAGAGCCAACAAAAAGUUGGGAGGAAAUACAAGAAUUAAUUUGUAAAUUACGUGAAAAUACUAAAGGAAAAAAUUUACGUUUUUUUCCGAAACAAUUAAGUGGAGAAGUUUUGUUUGGAUUUACAGAACCGGCAAUUAGUAAAAUGCUUGAAUCGUUACCUGGUAUUGACCAAAUUUAUACUUAUACUUUUAAACAUGGAGGAACUCCAUUAAUGGAUUUGCCUCUAGCAGAAAACCCUUCUGGCUGUGCUCGUUGUGAACCAUGUUUUCGAACUUUGGUUAAACGGAAACACAAACCUAUCAUUAGCAAUUCACCAAAUAAACUGGAUGAAAAAUCAACAUUUUCUUCUGAUUCUGUAGUUUCUAGAGAAGGGAGAGGUAAGAAUAGAUGA